AUGAGCGCCGGGGGGGCCGAGCGCUACGACCGCCAGCUGCGCAUCUGGGGCGACGCCGGCCAGUCCCGCCUGCAAGGGGCCUCCGUGCUGCUCCUGGGGGCCCCCCCAACAGCCUGCGAGGCCCUCAGACAUCUCGUGCUGCCUGGAGUUGGCCAUUUCGUGUUGAUAGAUGGGCUGGAAGUGCAGCAGCAGGACUUGAGUGAAAACUUCUUGGUGGGGCCCCACACCCUGGGGGCCCCCCGCUGCAGCGCGGCGGCUGCGGGCGCUGCUGCCCUCAACCCCGAGGUCAGCAGCAGCAGCAGCAGCAGCAGCAGCAGCAGCAGCAGCAGCAGCAGCAGCAGCAGCAGCAGCAGCGGGGAGGCGGUGCCGCUGGUGUGCGUGGGGUCCCUGGGUUUUUUCGGACAGCUGGAGGCCGCGGAAAACAACUCUGCAAUGGACUUCAGAAUUGCAAAUCCAUUUUAUUCUCUUUUGCAAUUUGCUGCUGCCUUCGACUUGGAGGCCCUCGACGACCAGCAGCACGCCCUCGUCCCCUUCGUCGUCAUCCUCAUACAGGCGCUUUGCCGGUACCGGGGAGUGACCCCGGCAGCAGCAGCAGCAGCAGCAGCAGCAGCAGCAGCAGCAGCAGCAGCAGACACGGUGGACUUGAGCCCCGGGCCUGCAGCAAGGCAGCAGCUGGAGAAAAUAAUAAUUGAAAUGCGAAGAAGUGAAAAUGAAGAAAACUUCCAAGAGGCCCUCAGCAACCUCCACAGGGCCCUGCAGCCCGCAAGGCCCCGCGACGAACCUCGAGCUUUUGGACUUUGUCGCUUUCUUAAGUUUUUGGAAGAAGAAAAAGCACUUCCAGUUUGCCGGCUGACUGCGGACUUGGCCGCAGACACGAAGAGUUAUUUGGAGUUGCAAAAAGUCUUUUGUGAGAAGGCGGAGCGGGACGAGCGGCGCUUUUGCGCGCUCCUGCGCCAGCUGGACGUACACCCGGACUCCACAACGAAUAUUUCCGAAAAAGAAAUUAAAAUGUUUUGCAAAAACGCCGCAAACUUGAAAGUCACAAGAUACCCCGAUAUCUCCGGCGCUUUCCUCGGAUCCACCUCCCUCGAGCUGCUGGCCGCCGCCGCCCGCGAGAUGCAGCAGGCCGUUCCGGAGGAACUUCGACAAAAUUCCAAUGCAGACCCCGACUUGUUUGCAGAUCCCAACUUUUCCACUUUCGAAGAAAACGGAUUUCUCCACUUGCCCUGGUUCGCAGCAGCCCUCGCCUGCCGCGCAGCAGCAGCGAAGCUCGGCCGCUUCCCCGGCUCCCCUCCCAAACCCGCAGCAGCAGCAGCAACAGACGCAGCAGCAGCUGGAGGUACAGCAGCAGCAGCAGCAACUGGAGCUACAGCAGCAACUGGAAAUGCAGCAGCAGCAGGAACUGGAGGUGCAGCAGCAGCAGCAGCUAUGCAGCAGCAGCAAGAGCUGGUGGAAAGGGACUCUGCUUUGGUGAUGUUGGAGUUGGAAGAAAUGGAAAAGGCCGUUGGCUGUCGUUUGUUCGCAACAGCAAAAGUGGUGCAGCAGCUGGUGAGCUACAGGGGCAGCGAAUUCCCCGCAACAGCAGCACUAGUUGGAGCUGUUGCUGCUCAAGAAGUUAUUAAACUUUUGAACAAAAAGUUCGAACCCAUCAACAACACUUUCCUCUGGAACGGAGUCCAGAGGCGGGGCCUCACAAUGCAGCUUUAA